AUGAAAGAGUCUAAAUCCGAAAAUAUCUCCGAAAAUGUAGUAUGUUGGCUGUGUAAUUCUUAUUUAAUCGAUGCGGUCUCACUAAGCGAAUGCAUGCAUUCUUAUUGCCGUUCAUGUUUGCUGCAAAGUCUGGACAAAGGUGGAGGAACAUUUCGUUGUCUGAAAUGCGACCGCCCAAUUGCGAGGGAUCUUUCAGAAGCUUUUGCACGUGAUAAUACGAUCCAGAAUCUAGUGUACAAAUCAGCCCCGGAUGUCUUUUGGCAGGAAUUAAAGCAGCGCGGUGAAUAUCUCAAAAAACGGGCUGUUCCGUCGGAUGAAAAGGCUCUCAUUCUUGAUAAGAAGCUUGUUCAACUUGCAUCAGAAUUAUGCGCUCCAAACGAGGUGGUUUCCCUGUGUUUAGAAUAUAUCUCACCAGGGUUGCCAGAUAAUGAAGAGGAAGAGAGCGAGGUGAAGGAGGCGAAGCAGGUCGAUGAGAACAAACCAUCAACGGUUGCUGAUGCUGACCGCUGGGAGAAACAAGAGGCGCAGAUGACUUCCUUCAGGAGGUUAUUUUUGAUUUAUUCUUCUAAAGUGGAUAAUCGAUAA